AUGUCUCUUGCUGCACGCGAUUGUAGCGACGAAGGGGUGGAAGCUUGCGAGGCGCUCCUCUCGGCGGGGCUUGGGGACCAGGUCCUUGCUGUGGCCGACGCAGCAUACGAAGCCUGCCUCGAGUCAUGGUGGUCAAGCAGCUCGAGACUUCGACCCGCUUGCAUAGCUCGACCGAACAAUGCACAGAAUGCCGCCACGGUAGUCCGUGUCCUCGGUCAGAAUACGACGAGUAACUUUGCUGUCCGCAGCGGAGGACACAGUCAUCGGGCAGGAGGCAAUAACAUCGACGGCGGUGUGACUAUUGAUCUUGGCUAUCCGAAAGCUACGACAUACAACACGGAGACAGAUAUCGCCUCGAUCGAGCCUGCUUCUAGAUGGGGUGAUGCAUUUCUCGCUCUCGAAAGGUCUGGUGUUGCCGUGCCCGGAGGACGCGAUAGCAAUGUUGGCAUCGGUGGUUUCCUGACUGGCGGGGGCAAUUCGUACUACACUGGCCUGUACGGCUUCGGCUGUGAUAGCGUUGUCAACGCCGAAAUCGUCUUGGCCGAUGGCAGUAUCAUCAAUGCCAACAAAUACAGUCAUCCUGACCUCCUCAAAGCGCCCAAGGGCGGCUGGGGCAACUUCGGUAUCGUCACUCGCUUCGAUCUCGAAACAUUCCCUUCGAAGCCUUUGUGGGGAAGUAUACGUGCAUCAGAAAAGUCUCACACAGCGGCUGUCGGGGCUGCCAUGGUGAACUUCACAGCAAUCACCACAAGAAUCCAGAGGCUGCGUACCUUAUCAAUUUCACCUACAAUCCUGGAAUGUCUCCAGACAUCCUUGUUGCCCAAGUCAUCGCUGACACAAGUGGCAAGGAGGCACCUCCGGUUUUUGACCAAGCCUUGGCAGCUCCAAAACUCUUCAACGACAUUAAGGUCCGAUCCGUGGGUAGCAUGUCAAAUGACUAUCUUCUGCCUCCUAGCCUACAGUCAGUCGAGCGUCUUCAAUCUUGGUAUAGGUAAUGCUAACAAGAUCCGUCACAGCAAUGUCUGGUUUACCUUGACUUUCAAGAAUGAUGAGCGUGUCAUUCGAAAGUCUGCUGAGCUGCUCGAGAAACUCGUAGCCGAGAUGCUCCAGACUGUGUCGACGAACGAGCUGGGCACCCAGAAUCUUUUCCAGCCCAUUCCAAAGUUUUUCGCCGAGAUCGGGGAGUUUCGUCGUGGUAAUGUCCUCGGCUCGACCAGGUCGAGGGGACUCCCCCAUGUGGCUCCUCGCUUGUACCGUCAGGAACCCAAGCAUGAGACGCUGCUACACGAAAAGGGAUUGGAGAUGAAAGCAGCCCUGGAGGAGUUUGCCAAAUCGAUUGACGCGCUUCAACCAUGGGUCUACAUCAAUUAUGCUGAUCCCACGCAAGACCCAAUCUCGAAUUAUGGCAAAGCCCAACGUUGA